AAAAUUUGGGGUUAAACCGAAAAUUAAUGCCUAAAAAGAAAUUUUUUUUUUAAAAUACUGAAACGCACUAUUCUAAUAUAUAGAACAACGGUGACUUCCAUCCGAGCCAGCAAUGGGGGCGGCCACAGAGCAGAGGUUUAAGAGAGAAGAUCGCAGUCGAAUCCGACACGGUCCCCAUUUCUCUAAUUGGCAGGUUCUAAUUGGACCUAAUGACUGGGAAGACUAUUCGGAGGGGAAAGAAGGGGUGGCUAGAUACAGGCUUCACAAUCUCCCCAAGUGUUCAUCUCCGGGUCUGUAUGAGCUUGGUGUUGCUGUAUAUCCUAGUGAAUUGGGUCGUGACAUUGGCAAGCUAAAAUCCAAGAAAAUUGUUGUGGUUUACGUGGGUCAAGCCGACGAUGUCAGGACAAGGCUUCAGCAGUAUGGCCGCUCAGGUGCUCAUUUGGGCAGAAUUGGCUGUCCCCAGAACCAGAAUGGAGAUUGUGGGUAUUUUGCUGAUAUAUUCUCGAAGGGUUAUUCCAUUGUCUUCAGAUGGGUUCCUUUCAAAAACAAGGCUGAUGCUCAGAGAACAGAAGCUGAAAUUCUCAAUAGAUUUGAUUAUGCAUGGAAUAAAGGUUGUAAUGGUUCACGCCGCCCUGAAGAUAUCCUUAAGAAACUUGAUGAAGUUGCUUCUGGUAGGAGUAGUCUACUGACAAAUAUUGUCAAGAUUCUACCUUGCCAUCAAAAGCUGGAGGGCAUCAAAAUCAAAACAAGCAAGCCACUUUCUUUGGACCAUGAGUUCAAUACUUAUGCUGAUGAAAAGAUCUAUAAUUUCCUGUCACAAAUUUUGAAGUUUAGCAGAUCACAGCCCAGACUAGUUACGAGUGAAUCAGAUACUAAUAAGGAUGACACUGUAAUUUGUGGAGUGAUAUUAAGCAAUGGUUCCAUCUGUAGUAGUUCACCAGUUGAAGGAAGAAAGAGAUGUGCAGAACACAAGGGAAUGAAGACUAAAGAGCUCAUUCUGACAAGGAAUACUGGAACAAAAUCACAGAUGUGUAAUGCAUGCUCAGAAUCCAUUGCUCUUAGUGACACAGAAUCUGAUGGUUGUGGAGAACAAAGUUCCAUCUUUAACCCGACAAACCUUCCGUUGGCUUUGGGUGAUUAUCCUGAAAGCAAGGUGUCCAGUCAUCCUAUCUGUGGAUUUAUAUUUGAUGAUGGCUCUCCUUGUAUAAGGCAUCCAACGAAAGGGAGAAAAAGGUGUGAUGAGCACAAAGGGAGGAAGAUUGGUGAUUCCAAGUCUAGGGCAGCAACAGAUAGAAAAUUGCAAUAUGUGAAUGAUGCUGUUUCAGAAUCUAGUAUCAAUGAGAAAACUUCAGAAAUAUGUAUACCUGAACAUGUUGUCAAUGAGAGCUGUGAUGCCAUCUGUGGGGUGGAAUUAGGCAAUGGCUUUGUUUGCAUGAGGCAACCUGUUAGGGGCCGAAUUCGCUGUGAGGAGCAUAGAGGAUUGAAAAUUACUGGGCUUGUCUCUAAUUUAACUGCAACAAACAAACCCCGUGUAUCUGACAUGGGAUCAGAAUGCAGUGGUAUUUAUGACCCAAAUUAUAGCAGUACCACCAUCUGUGGAGCAACUACUUGUAAUGGUUCUCUCUGCAGCAGGUCUGUUAAGGGAAAAAUCAGGUGUUGGCAGCACUCUGUUGCAACGAACAAAUCCUAUGUGUCUGACAUGGAAUCAAAAUGCAGUGCUACUUAUGACCAGAAUUAUAGCCAUAACUCCAUCUGCGGGGCAACCACUCGGAAUGGUUCUCUCUGCAGCAGGCCAGUUACGGGAAACCGCAGGUGUUGGCAGCAUUGUGUUGCAAUGAACAAAUCCUAUGUGUCUUACAUAGAAUCCAAAUGCAGUGCUACUUAUGACCAUAAUUAUAACAGUACUUCCUCCAUCUGUGGAGCAACCACUCGUAACGGUUCUCUCUGCAGAAGGCCAGUUAAGGGAAACAGAAGAUGCUGGCAGCACUAACUUAUAUGACAGCCUCACGCACUAACUUAUAUGACAGCCUCACGCACUAACUUAUAUGACAGCCUCACGCACUAUGGCUUUCCAAUUUCUUUCACAUAACAUAUUUAGGCCACAAUAGGAGAAAACUCACAGCUUCUACAUUUUUUAGAAGACACUAUGUUUGCUGUGUUAUAUUCUAUUUGUGUAACUCAUGUUGUGUAUUAUGCUGUAGCUCUUUAGUGGUUUUUCUCCAGAAUCUCUUUCACAUGUGAAUGUGAAGUAGUUGUCCUUCAAAACUGUUUGGUUUCAUACUUUCAUUUCAGACUCAAGAAUAAGGUUACAUUGUGAAGCUUGUUUUAUGAGGAAUUUUUUUUGAAAAAAGCUGACAUAGUCGUGGUGAAAUUGCUUUUGUUUAGAUGCUUGUAAUGUUCCCAGCGUGAUAACGGUUGUGUACUCCCAUAAUAAAAUUCUUACGGAUAA